CCAUUUCCAUCUCAACGCAGCGUUUUGCUGCUUUUUCCUUUCUGGCUAAGCUUUCUUCAUUUUCCAUGUUGUCUCAGCUUCUUCCGUCUCGUCACCUACUUUCAGUUCCUCACUCCACUGUCUUUUCUGCAACUUAUCACGGUAAUGAUUCGCCUAUGUUCUGGCAAAUCAUCACUGAUCAGACAAAGAUAGCUCUUAAUUUAUCGGCCGAUUCAAGAUUGGUGCAAAAGAAUACUGGAGAACAAGAAAGAUCUUCGUAUACAUUCAAUUCUCUAGAAUAAUUCACUUCGUAACUCUGGGUAACUUCAAAUCUCCGGUUACAAUCCGACACGGCGGCAAAAUAGCUUGUUGUGUUUGAUCUUCGGAUUUUUCAAUGGCUGCCCCAUUUGUUUAUUGCUACCUCUCUAUAUUCAGGUAUCACUCUCUGUAAAUACAUAUUUUGUUUAUCUUACGUGUGAAACCCCGAAUCCGUGAGCAUUUUCAGGUUACCUUCUGCUUCAUUCUCUUCUGGUAGUUUUACAUUGCCAUAUUUUUUCUUCUCAUCCUUCAAUCUUUUGACAUGCGCGUUUUGUGGACAAAUAUAGUACAUGUACGUAGACAAUCUAGACAUGCAGGUGAUGGAUUUUGAGAGCGUUGGUCAAGAAGAAUUAUUUUGUGACUUCUUUGUGUAGGCAGAUAUACUCUUAUUCAUAUCAAAUUAAUGUGAAGUGGAACUAUUUGCUCUCUCUGCUAUUGAUUCUUGAAUUAAGAUUCUGCAGAAGUAGUAGUUUUUGAGCUCUAAAUAUAAAACUGUAAGUUGCAUCAUUUUCCUCAGGUAAAAUGGUUUUCUAUUUGGAGUCUGUCUGCUUUCAAAUUUUGGGUUAUAGCCAGGGCAUGAUGGCUCUAAAUUGAGAUCUAUGACUAGCUCUAGUGUCCAACCCUCACGCUUCUAUUAAGAAAAUGUGCUUAAUAAGGACAAGAAUCCUGCUUGCAGCAUGAGUACCCCUUUUCAAGAUACUUGAACCAAAAGAUUUGGUUAGUUGCUCCUUGUAAAGUUGAAAAUUGUAUUUGGUUCACUUAUAAAUAGAUGUUAGGAAGAAGACAUAAAGCUUUUGCAACUUCCUUCUAUCAGAUAAUUCAGAUGACUUGCUGAUAGUUUUUCCUAUUGUGCUAGUAGCUUUUAGUGGGAUCAUAUAUUAUUUAUGCAUGAGGUGUUGCAUGUUUCUGGUGUGCUUUUCAUUAUUUUCCUUCUAUUUAUUUUCCCACGCUAUUGGGAGAGCUGAGGAGAAUUUUUAUUCUCUGUUUAUUAUGGGUUCAUCUAAAACCUGCAUCUCAAUGAGUCUGUCUGAGCCAUUAAAGGAUAACAGAGUAUUUAGGGAGCAAGGUUUACCAGUAUGUUCCCUCAUGCUGGAUUCUUUUAGCGUCUUUACGUUCAGAAGGCAUUUUGGCAUUUUUAAGUUGUUAACUUUUGUCAGUGAACAGUUUAUGUGAAGAGCCUUCCUAAAUUUUUGUUAGUAAUUUCAGCCACGAUUGAUAAGUAAUUGGAAAUGGCUUACUAUAAGGCUGUUGGUUUAUCCUGGCCUCUGGAUUUUAGCUCUGGAGAGAUUCUCAGCCAAGACUAUUCUUACCUGAUGUACUAUUUGAACAAACAAAAUCAUUCUUGAUUGCAAUCUAUUUUUUGCAAUUGGAAUAUUUUUGGUGCUGAAAGAGCUGCUAGUAAUUGUUUCUUUAUCAUGACAGUUUUCUGUCCAGUAUAAGGUUUUAAGACAAUUUUGUUUUGAACAUUUAUUUCAUUCAGAUGUGCAAUCUUGACCUGUAACUUGGUUAAUCAGUUUUGAUAUUUCACUACUCAAAAGGCCAAGUUGUACUCAUUCAUUGUAGCUUGAGCCAUUCUGGGUGAUAUAGGCACAUUAAUAUAUAACUGAUAAUACUCAUUGGUAAUUUUUUCUCUUGUAAAGAAUUGUUUUUUGUUAAAAAUUUGCAAUUAUAUUGGAAAACAAUCAAUUUAUUUUAAAAUAGAAAGUGAUUUGUUAGAUUCCAACACAAACUUAAUCUAGCUUUAUUAUUUUGGAAAUAUUAUACACCAUUUGAGCAAGUGCACAAGCAUGGGAUCCAUAUAAUUUUAUCAGAAGAAACUAAAAGAAAGCUCUCACUACAAAUGCCAAUACUGCAUCCAAUUACAAAAUGUUUUUAGAUAGGUUAUUAAAGUGUUUUUGGGGGAAAUGCAGUUUCCUUCAGAAAUUUGAAUUUUGUAAGUAUGGGGCUGUUCCCUGUGUGAUUAAUACUAUUUAUUUUUCCCCAUUUUUCUAAGGAGCGAGAGAGGACAAGGUCACCCAAAAUGAGAAACCCAUGUAUAUAGUGGCAUUUGGACCAUUAUGGUGUUACUAAAUGACCAAUCUGAAUUACCACUAUCAAGUUAAUGAUAUUAGUUCUACCCAGACCUAAACUAGAAAGGUUAGAUGCUCAAUGCAUGGUAUCUUAUUGACUGUUUAUUGGAUGAAACUUAUUUUAAAUUCCAUAAUGUUUAUUGAAUGUAAGAACUUACGACAGAUUCAAUAGAUUUACUAUAUUUUCUUCAAUGCAUUACCUACUAUGGGCAUUCAUGAAUGUGAUAUGCUGGGGCUAGGUCUUAAGGCCUGGAAAUGAGGCUGGAACUUACAUUUUGUUCAGUAAGAAGGUGAUGCAAGCUUGCUGAAAAGGUGUAAAUGGUUCAAGAUGGCGGUGUGCUUAUUAAUUCAAUAUUCCAAGGUUUCUGAGGCUUUCAAGUUACGUGGUCGUAAUUUGAUGGAGAAGCCAAUGAGAUCAAAUCUUCAAUCUAAUAACAUGAUCAGCAGAGACACAGAUUGAUCUUAAGAUGGAAGAAGUUUGUCUCAACAGUGAGCCAGUGUUUGAUGACGGGGAUGAAUUUGGGGUUGAUGGAACCUGUAGUUUGGUGGAACAUGAGGAUGAAACUGGUAGAACACAAUCAAAGAAGAAACCCAUGCAACCUGCUGUUGGUUUGGAGUUUGAUUCAUUUGAUGAAGCUUAUGAUUUCUACAAUAGUUAUGCUAAGGAGCAAGGAUUUGGUAUCAGAGUAAGCAAUUCAUGGUUUAGAUCAAAGCGAAAAGAGCGGUACAGAGCAAAACUUAGCUGCAGUAGUGCAGGUUUCAAGAAGAAGAGUGAAGCAAAUAAUCCAAGACCAGAAACGAGAACUGGUUGUCCUGCAAUGAUAAUCAUUAGACUUGUUGACUCCAAAAGGUGGAGAAUAGUUGAAGUUGAGCUUGAGCACAAUCAUACAGUGAGUCCACAAAUCAAACGGUUUUACAAGUCUCAUAAGAAAAUGAUUCUUGCAGCCCGAAAGGCACAACCACCACCAGAGCCUGUGACUGAAGUACAUACUAUAAAGCUAUACCGUACAGCCAUUAUGGAUUCUGGGUGUAAUAGAUACUCAAAUUUUGAUGGAGAGAAAAUAAACCCCGUUGACCACUCUAGACACUUGGAACUCAAAGAAGGAGAUGCUCAUGCUCUUUACAACUACUUUUGCCGCAUGAAGUUGACCAAUCCCAACUUCUUUUACUUGAUGGAUAUUGAUAAUGACGGGCGCCUGAAGAAUGUGUUCUGGGUCGAUGCUAGGUCUAGGGCUGCAUAUGGUUACUUUUGUGAUGCAGUUGCAAUUGACACAACAUGUUUGGCAAACAAAUUCGAGAUUCCUCUAAUUUCCUUUUUUGGAGUAAAUCACCAUGGACAAUAUGUAUUAUUAGGUUGUGCCUUCCUUGGGCAUGAGGCAGUUGAGUAUUUUGUCUGGAUUUUCAAAGCAUGGCUUCAGAGCAUGCGAGGGCAGCCUCCACAAGUUGUUAUUACAGAUCAAUGCAAACGUUUGCAAAGUGCUGUCUCUGAGGUUUUCCCGAAAGCUCAACAUUGUUAUUGUGUGUGGUAUAUCAUGCAGAGAGUCCCGGAAAAGUUGGGAGGAUUGAAGGGUUACGAAGCAAUCAAAAUGCAAUUGAAUAAAGCAGUGUACAAUUCCUUGAAGAUUGCCGAGUUUGAAACUUCUUGGGCUGAAAUGAUCAAGCAGCAUGAACUAGGGGAUAAUAAGUGGCUUCAUUCCCUGUAUGAAGACCGGCAACAUUGGGUGCCAGUUUACCUAAAAGACACAUUUUUUGCAGGAAUGAUCCCUCUUCAAGAAAAUGAGAGCUUCAAUCCUUUUUUUGAUGGUUAUGUACAUAAAAACACAUCUUUUAAGGAAUUUGUCGAUAAGUAUGACCUAGCUCUUCACAGGAAGCACAUGAAAGAAGCCAUGGCAGAUUUGAAGUCAAGAAACUCUUCGUUGGAGUUGAAAACAAGAUGUAACUUCGAGCUGCAGAUAGCAAAAUUGUAUACAAAAGAUAUAUUUUUGAAGUUUCAAUCUGAAGUGGAGGGAAUGUUCUCUUGUUUCUACACAAGGCAGGUAAGUGCCAACGGGCCCAUAAUAACAUAUAUGGUGAAAGAACGGGUCGAAGUCAAGGGAGAUGAGAAGGAAGUAAGGAAUUUCGAGGUUCUGUACGAGACAAGCCAAGGAGAUAUUCGAUGCAUUUGCAGUUUGUUCAAUUACAAAGGCUACCUAUGCAGACAUGCAUUAAAUGUCCUUAAUUACAAUGGAAUUGAAGAAAUCCCCUCUCGCUAUAUUUUGCCACGUUGGUGUAACAAUUACAAGUGCAGGUAUCCUCCUCUUGACAAUGGCUGGAAUAACAUUGAUGUAUUUAACCCGGUUUACUGGUGUAAUCAUCUGUACAAAUGUGCCAUUCCAAUUGUGGAAGAAGGAGCAAAAUCUCAAGAACAUUACAAGUCGACAUUGCAUGAAUUAGAAAGGUUGUUGAACACAUUUAAUCUUGCUGAAGACAACCUAGUGUAACAGAGAAUCUGAAGAUGCCAAAAUGGUGUCUUAUAAUCUAUGACAAAUAUAAAAUGCUCGUUUCUUACC